AUGACAUUAAAUUUUUAGAACAAGAUAGUAUUUCCAGCACCAGAAAGUUCAUACACCACAGAAUCUUCACUUGGUUAAGUCAUCUAUAUACCCAGGGACAUUUUAUAAAAAUCAUAAUUUGAAAAUAAUGAUUUACCAAUGAUAGAGCAAGAUGACUCAGUGUUAAAAUUAGAAGAGUAAAAACAAGAGAUGCUAUCAUCGUAAUCAGUCCUGGUAGGUUCAUCAUUUAAGCCAAACCAUGAUGAUGGUGAUCUUAUUAAAACAAGUUCAAAUACUAACAAUAGCUUUAGUGAUGAAGAGUAAAAACUAGGGAGAUCUAUGAAAAAAUCAUUUUCAACCAAAGCUUUUUUUUCAUCAAUAUUUUCAAGAUCACAGAAGCAGGAAAAAAAAGAGGAGUAUAUACCGUGUCUCUAUAUACCUAAUGAAUUCGGUGCUAAAAAGAUGGUCAUUUAUUUCCAUGGCAAUGCAGAAGAUAUUGGUUACGCUUUUGAAAUAAUGUAUUCAUUCGGUGCACAUACUAAGAUGCAUGUAUUGUGCGUUGAAUAUCCGGGCUAUGGUUUAUACUAGACAGCUGUAUCAAAUGAAAAUUAGAUUAGAGAGGAUUCUCUGAUAAUAUAUGAUUAUUUGGUAAAACAUGUCGGAAUAAGUCCAAUUGACAUUAUGGCAUUUGGAAGGUCUUUGGGUAGCGGACCAGCAACAUAUUUAGCUUCCUAAAGAGAAAUAUAUGCUCUAUAUCUCAUGUCAGCAUACACAUCAAUAAAAGAUGUUUCAAAAUCACUUCUAGGAAAGCUAUCAUUCUUUCUAACUCCGAUAGUAUAUGAGAGGUUUAGGAAUAUCGAUACUAUUAAGGACGUAAAAUGUCCAGUUUUUUUUCUACAUGGUCUCAAGGACACUCUUAUACCUUACAAUCAUGCAUAGGAACUAAAAAGAAAUUGUCAAACUAUAAGCUAGUUAUGGUUACCAGAUGAUAUGGAUCAUAAUAAUUUUGAUUUUCAAGAAGAUUUGGUAGUACCUUUCGUACAAUUUAUGACUGUCAUUGAUAAAACGAUAGAGGAUUAAUAAUCAUUAAAUUACAAUGGUGUUGAUCUUAAUGGUGAAACUUAAGCCCCCUCCACAAGGAAUGAUUGGGGUUCCACUAAAACUUAUCCUGAAAGAAUUCAGAUAGAUGCGAGCUGCCUUCGAUUAGUGGAGGGAUCUGCUGACACUUUUGAAAUUCUAUUUGAUGCGAAAUUAUAUCUCCCACCAUAGAUUCUAAUUGAUCUUGAGAAAAAGGCAAUUUUUGAAAAGCAAUAGUAGUUAUAGUAAUAAAUGUAGAAAAAAAAAUGA